CACAAGCAGAGACACAAAUAGUGAGCUCUGGAAGAGGGGGCACCGCACUUAGCAAAGCUGCGCCUGUACGUAGCCACCAUGGUGAACAUCACUGUGACAAGGAAAUCCCAGUCCUUCGUCGUGCUGUCCGAGCCGGCAUCGGCGGCCGAGACGCUCGAGCUGUCAGCCAUCGACCGGGUCCCCGGUCUUCGCCACGCAGUGCGGUCUCUGCACGUGUUCCGAAACAGGGACUCCACCACCCGCCACGAUGACGCUGCUGCCAGGCCGGCGGAGGUGAUCCGCAAGGCGUUGUCCCGCGCGCUGGUGGAUUACCGCGCGUUCGCCGGCCGCUUCAUCGGCUCGGUGGUGGCCGGAGAGGCCUGCGUCGAGUGCAGUGACGACGGUGCCUGGUUUGUGGAGGCCGUCGCGGACUGCAGCCUCGAGGAUGUUAACGGCCUCGACUACCCGCUCAUUGUCUCAGAAGAAGAGCUACUGCCCGUUCCAGAGGAAGGCGUUGACCCUACAAGUAUUCCGAUCAUGAUGCAGGUAACAGAAUUUGCGUGUGGAGGAUUUGUGGUCGGGCUGGUCGCAGUCCACACCCUUGCUGAUGGGCUCGGUGCAGCCCAAUUCAUCAACACAAUUUCUGAGUUUGCCCGUGGAAUGGGAAAGCCCACAAUAGCACCUAUAUGGGCUCGGGCCUUAAUACCGAACCCACCUAAACUUCCUCCUGGUCCACCACCAUCCUUCCAGUCCUUUGAGUUCCAACACUUCACUAUAGAUGUGACCUCUGACCUCAUCGUCCAUAUCAAGGCUGAGUACUUCCAGGCCACAGGCCAGUACUGUUCCACCUUUGAUGUUGCCGUUGCCAAGGUUUGGCAAGCACGAGCUAAGGCAAUCAAGUACAAUUUGGAAUCUGAGGUUCAUGUUUGCUUCUUCGCCAACACCCGACACCUCCUCACUCAGGUGCUACCCAAGGAUAGGGGCUUCUAUGGUAACUGCUUCUAUCCGGUGACUGUGACAGCUAUUGCUGGGGAUGUUAUCACUGCAGGAUUGAUUGAUGUGAUUAGGAUGAUACGGGAUGGCAAGGCUAGACUUCCCUUAGAGUUUUCCAAGUGGGCAGCAGGGGAUGUCAAGGUAGAUCCAUACCAACUGGCAUUCGAGCACAAUGUGUUGUUUGUGUCUGACUGGACGAGGCUUGGGUUCUUUGAGGUUGACUAUGGGUGGGGUGCACCAAACCAUAUCAUACCAUUCACUUAUGCUGACUACAUGGCAGUGGCAGUUCUUGGAGCUCCACCUUCGCCGAAGAAGGGAACCCGAAUUAUGACACAGUGCGUGGAGGAGAAGCAUCUCAUGGACUUCAAGGAUCAGAUGAAGACCUUCUUUUAGGGGCUUGUCUUAUAUUGUUACGGUGCCAAUGCUAUGUGUUUUCUAUGUAUGCUAGAUAGAAAUAAAAUUGCUAUUGACUAGUAGCCUUGUUGUUCACAAGAAAUAUAACAUUAUUUUAUACAGUUAAGCCAUGAAUUAUAUA